AUGAUAUUUUCGAAGACUCUCCUGCCGUUAUUCCUUUUGCUCGUACCCCAUGCCAGCAAAGCGGCAACCGUCCGCCGCAGUAAUAAUACAGACAUCAAAUGGGGACCAUGCAAACUCAACACUACACUCCCGGUGCAAUGCGCCCAACUGCCCGUCCCGCUCGACUACACCGACAAGACUCGUAGCGACACUCUCAAUCUCGAUCUAAUCAAGUACCCGGCUCGGAAGCAGCCGAAGCGCGGUAGCAUUCUCCUCAACUUCGGCGGUCCGGGCCAAGACGGUCUAGAAAGUAUGCUUGCUUAUGCAGAGCUGAUGGGCCCGACUACUGGAGGUUACCACGAUCUCAUAAGUUGGGACCCAAGAGGAACGGGUAAAACUCUUCGGUUCUCAUGCUGGCCCGACGAUACCACAGGGUAUUACGCCGCUAUGGGAAAUAGCCUGGCUGGCAGUGCGGACUCGACGGUGGGUAAACUCUGGGCGGAGGGUAGCAUUAUUGCGACCCGGUGCCACGACCAGCAGAAAGAGACCGGCCAAUUUGUCGGCAUGGCAUUCGUCGCAAGGGACAUGAUGUCCAUCGUCGACGCCCUGAACGAAGAUGGCAUGCUUCGAUACUGGGGAAUUUCGGGUGGCACUACGCUGGGAGCUACCGUUGUCGCGAUGUUCCCCGACAGGGUAGAGAGAGUUGUUCUCGACGGCGUGAUGAAUGCGCAUGAGUACUAUAACUCUUUCGGCGAACCCGAGAUGGUCGCGUCCACGGACGCUACUUGGGAGGAAUUCAUGCGCGGGUGUAUCGCAACGCCCAACAACUGCGCCCUAGCAAAAAACAGGACAUACGAUGAGUUAGAAGCAGUCAUGACCGAGCUCUUCGACACCGUCCGGAACAACCCGCCCGUCUUCAACGGCACGGUCGUAUUCAGUUACGAUCUAUUCAAGGCCCACAUCUUCAGCACGCUAUACUCGCCAUCGGACUGGCCGGGCCUAGCCCAGGCGCUCGAGGACGUGCUACAGGGCAACCUGGAGACGUUCGUGAGCCGGGUCUUGGCAUUCUCGAUCCCGUCUCAAGACCAGGCAAUCCUAGGAAUCCGCUGCGGCGAUAAGAAGCUGCGGACGAACAAACUAUCCGAUCUCGAGCCCGUCUUCGAGCAGUAUCGUAAGACCAGCAAGUGGUUCUGGGAUUGGGCCUGGGGGUACGACGUAACGCCCUGUGCGCAAUGGGGAUUCGAGGCCAAGGAGCGGUACGAGGGUGAUUUCCAAGUCAAGACCAAGAACCCCGUGUUAUUCGUCAGCAACAGCUUCGACCCCGUCACUCCGCUCGCCUCGGCUAAGAACAUGAGCUCUGGCUUCGAGGGAAGUGUUCUUCUUACGCAUAACGGUCACGGCCACCUGUCUCUCACGCAGCCGUCAAAUUGUACAAACUCCAUCAUCCAAAAUUACUUCCUCGAGGGCAAGUUACCUGCGCCGGGAACCGUGUGCGAACCCAACUUUCCGCUGUUCGAUCCUGCCGCCUCAAUGUAG